CCUCACAGCUGAGUUCGUUGGAUGUUUUGCUUUGGCCGUUCAUCAUUUCACGUUAGCCAUUUCUGAUUAGCAACGCCGCAGAGUUAGCAUAGCAGUCAUCGUCAGUUGUAGACACUAUGGCACAGGCAGCUCAGGCAAACGUCUUUGACGCGAACAGCUCUCAGAUACAAGUGGAACACGACAAAAGGCGUCGCCAGUUUGUUAUAAGACUAAAUGGGUCCCACGAUCGAGCCGUUCUUCUGUACGAGUAUGUUGGGAAGAAGACGGUAGACCUGCAACACACUGAAGUUCCAGAUGCCUACAGAGGUAGAGGAAUAGCAAAGCACCUGGCCAAGGCAGCCAUGGAUUUUGUGGUGGAAGAGGAUCUGAAAGCUCACUUGACCUGCUGGUACAUUCAGAAAUACGUCAAAGAGAAUCCUCAGCCUCAGUACUUUGAACAUAUUUAUCAAUGACCAUAUAUGGUUCUGUCGGAGCGAUGGAGAAAGACACUCCCUGGGAAUAAAUACUGUGUGGCAUCAUUACAGGCUGACAUACAAAAAGGAGCCUCCAGCCUUUGUUAAACAUGACAUUGAGUUACUCCAGAGACUGAUCUCGCGGCACAGACGUCCUUCAGCUGAACGUUGGGUCAACGGGUCGGUAACGCAGGGUUACCCCAGAAACAGGAAGUGAAUCAGCUGGUCAAUACUCUUAACAACACGGGAAAAUAAACUAGCCCAAGCGGGAGCCUGUUACCUCAGACAUAAACCUCCGGGAUGCAUAGUCAUCACCUAAAGGUCAGGCCUGUAAUGACAACCAAUAGGAGUCAAAUAUUAUGAUGCAAAUUUCUUGUCGUCCUUUGGCUGUGAGCAGCGCCACUAGAUGACCGACCAAGGUGUUUUUCUCCAUGGUGGUGACGGCAGUGUUUCUGAUGCUCAAACAAUGAUGACUUUUAUAUUUUGACCCUCAUUUGAUAUUCUUUUGCUUUGUUAUUGUUCUUUUCUGCUUUUCCAAAAAGUUUUCUUACGGCCAAAAUAAUGACUCGAUUAGUUGUUGAUGCUAAACAAUGUGUGUGUGUGUGGGGGGGGGGGGGGGUCUAGGAAACAGGAGAGGUUAAAGGCAAGGUCAUUUGUUGGUAACUGGGUAAUUAAAGAGAUAAAUUGUCUAUUUUAUUUAUUUUCCCAAAAUCUCAAUCUUGAUUCCACUGUGACUAUUUCCACUCCCACUUUUUCAAAUAACAGAAAAUGCACAGUUUUGUUAUUGGAGCCGUGUAUUGAUUAGUCAAAGAUGCAGGGAUUUGUAAACCAAAGAACACAAAUGGAGGAUGUCCAUCUUUUAGAAGACAAAGCUCAUCAUUUUCUCCAUUGCUCAUGCUAAUAUUACAGAAACAUGAUAAAUUGGUCUGAAGUUUGUCACUGUGCUGACAACACUUCAGUGUGGAUAUGGAUAAAUAUCUCUACUCAAACCAGCAUUUUAAAAAAACAACACUGUUGUAUUCAUGGCAUUUACAGGGCGUCCAUUGUCCGUUUUUCAGUAAAUAGCACUGGGUGGCCGAAGCUACACACAGUUUUUUCUUGUCAUUCAUUGUUUUGUUUGUUUUUAUUGUACCCACAUGGCUGCUUUCACCAACUGAUGUAAAAUCAGUAAAAAUAAAGGUCAUCAUGGAAGUUUUAUUUUACUUACAAAACCUAGUGGUUUCCAUUUGUUUGGGUCUUUGGGGCCUUUUGCUGUUGACAAUCUUCUGUGUUGAGGAGAAAAAUAUCUCUGGACACAAUUUGAAAUGUACACUCUUCUCUGCUUUUAUCAGUUGUAGGAAACCCUUUUCCUUUGUUAAACCUUAAGAUGAAACAAACCCAUUGCAAGACCAAGAUAUCCAAUGUAUUUUUUUGACACUUUUGUGUUUUAUAUUUGUGUAGCAACUUUUGUUAUUGUUUUUUUGCUUUUGACCUUAUUCCAUUCCUGUUGUGUAUGAAUAAAAAGAAUAAAAGUU